AAUCCGAAUAUUCGUCGUCGUUGAUUCAGAGGCAGGUUGCAGUUUUCGAUCCAACAGAGACCAUGGCAUCGACCUCGUCUCGGAGAUUUCUUCUUCUUCUUCUCCUGGAAGUCUCGCUCGUUGUGUUUCUCGCCGGAGAUGCUGCGUCGCUUCCGGAGAUCGGAGGACUCGCCGGUGACGACGUUGGAGUCGGUCGCCAUCAGAGAGAGUUUGAUUAUUUCGCUCUCUCUCUUCAAUGGCCGGGAACCGUAUGCCGUGGAACUCGGCGUUGUUGCUCCAAAAACGCUUGUUGCCGUGGCUCGAACUCUCCAACUCAUUUCACCAUCCAUGGAUUGUGGCCUGACUAUAACGACGGAUCCUGGCCUUCUUGUUGUUACCGAUCUGACUUCGAUGAGAAGGAGAUCUCAACGUUGAUGGAUGGUCUUGAAAAGUACUGGCCCACUCUCAGUUGUAGUUCACCAUCAGGAUGCCAUGGUGGAAAAGGGUCAUUUUGGGGUCACGAGUGGGAGAAACACGGGACUUGUUCUUCUCCUGUAAUUCGCGAUGAAUAUAGCUACUUCAUUACCACACUUAAUAUCUACUUCAAGUACAAUGUCACGGAUGUUCUGUUUGAAGCUGGCUACGUUCCUUCCAACUCCGAAAAGUAUCCCCUCGGAGGAAUUGUCACUGCCAUUCAGAAUGCUUUCCAUACAAACCCUGAAGUGGUUUGCAAAAAAGGUGCAGUGGAGGAAAUCCGCAUCUGCUUCUAUAAGGAUUUCAAGCCGAGGGAUUGCAUUGUUUCGAAAGAUAUAUCAUCGAGGAACUCUUGUCCCGAGUACGUAAGCUUACCGGCAUACACAUCCUUGGGGCAUGGGGAUGAUGGUGAUGGAGAGGCCAUGAUCCUUUAGGUGUUUGCCCGACACAGGAAGAGGCUCACAUUCAUACGAAUUGGAUGGAUCUCUCUCUCUCUCUCUCUUGUAUUUUUAGAAGCAUAUAUUCCAACAAGUGUUUUUUUUUCCUUCAUAAAAUGUUGUUAUUGUAUAACCGAAUAUGGAAAUUGCUAUGGUUGGGAUAAGAAAUGGACCACGGGAACAUGUGCUCAAUGGUUGGUAUUA